AUGUCUGCCCCAAAAUCGAGAUGGGCUGGCGAGGACCCCGAGGAAGAAGCCGCCAUUGCGCUUCGAAAACGCGAAAAGGAAGAAAAGAAACGCGCCAAGGCAGAAAGACAAAAGCUCGUCGAGCAGCAACAACAACAACAGUCAGCAGCAGCAGCAGAACAGGCAGAUAGUACCGAGAAAAGCACAGAACGACCGACUAAACGGCGACGACUCUCCAACGAACCCGUGUCGACUGCUGAAAAUGAAGGCGAAAAAGUCGAGGUCCAACGCAAGCUUCUGCAGUUCCCAGCGCCUGAAUGGGCGCCGUGUCGUCACGUCGAUAACUACGAGAGACUCAACCACAUAGAAGAGGGCUCAUAUGGCCUUGUUUCCCGGGCCAAGGACUUGGUCACGGGCGAAGUCGUCGCGCUCAAGAAAUUAAAGCUUGACAAUUCUCCCGAUGGAUUCCCCGUGACUGGUUUGCGCGAGAUCCAAACUCUUCAGCGAGCCAGACAUGGCAAUAUCGUUCGCCUGCGCGAAAUUGUGAUGGGAACCAGCAUGAACGAAUGCGCAAGUGUCUACCUGGUUAUGGAUUUCCUCGAACAUGACCUGAAAACUCUACUUGACGAUAUGCAAGAACCGUUCUUACCUUCGGAGACCAAAACGCUGCUGCAGCAGAUCAUCUCCGCUACCGAAUUUUUACAUUCUCACUGGAUUCUACACCGAGACCUAAAGACUUCGAACCUGUUGAUGAACAAUCGUGGCGAGAUCAAAGUUGCUGAUUUCGGUAUGGCAAGAUACUAUGGAGACCCUCCACCAAAGCUCACGCAGUUGGUCGUCACCCUGUGGUACCGAUCUCCGGAAUUGCUUCUGGGAGCAGAAGCAUACGGCCCUGAGAUUGAUAUCUGGAGCGUUGGAUGUAUUUUCGGCGAGCUCUUGACAACGGACCCUCUUUUCCAGGGAAAGAAUGAAGUUGAUCAGCUGUCCAAGAUCUUCGCAGUUACCGGCCCGCCUACACAGCAGAUAUGGCCAACCUUUCGCUCUCUACCCAAUGCCAAAUCCCUUCGACUGCCACCAAACGCCUCCUCCGCGGGCUCACCCACGAAUCCGCCUUUGCUCCCUAGAUCCAAAUUUCCCUACCUGACCAACGCCGGGUUGAGUCUGCUAUCUUCUCUACUGGCACUGAACCCGGAAGCUCGCCCGACAGCCGCACAGUGUCUCAAGCAUCCUUACUUUCGAGAAGACCCGCGCCCGAAAGCAAAGGAGAUGUUUCCUACUUUUCCUUCCAAGGCCGGGCAGGAGAGACGCCGGCGCCGAGCAACACCGGAAGCGCCAAAGCAUGGCGAAGAGGCCCCGCGUCUGGAUUUUGCGAAUGUUUUUGGCAGUGCUGCUACUGGUAGUGGAGAGGCUGGGGCUGGGUUUACGCUUCGACUGGGGUGA